UCAGAUGGCAGCGUAAACGCAUAUUUCUUGAUUCAUCCGACAGAAAGGCAGACAUACGAACAGUCUACAGUGUCUAUAGAGAGAGAAAUGUCUGAGAGCGAUAACUAUUAUUUUUUCGCUCUUCCUUGUUUUUUCUUGUAAAUGAUAGUUGUAAAAUCAGUUUUUUGUCUUCCGUGUCAUAUUUACUAUCGGCGUACCCGUUAUAAGUUAAUAGUUGCUUGCGUUGGUUUACGCUUGCAAAAUCGUUCAACAUCAUCGUCUGUGUGUGUGGUUCCACGGCUCUGCAAGUGAAAUCAAAUCAAUGAAGUGAACACUUCUGCUUUCGUACAAAAUGAGUGGAUCAGCAUCGCCAGGCAUUAGUCGGAGGAAUCCUCAAGAUGAAUAUGAACUGGUUCAGCGGAUAGGUAGCGGCACAUAUGGUGAUGUCUAUAAAGCUAAAAGAUUGGCGACAAGUGAAUGGGCUGCUAUCAAAGUAAUUAAGCUAGAGCCAGGGGAUGAUUUUACUAUCAUUCAACAAGAAAUUUUGAUGAUGAAAGACUGCCAGCACCCCAAUAUUGUAGCUUACUAUGGGAGCUACUUACGGAGAGAUAAAUUGUGGAUCUGCAUGGAGUAUUGUGGUGGUGGAUCACUGCAAGAUAUCUACCACAUAUCAGGCGCAUUAUCGGAAAGCCAAAUUGCUGUAAUGUGCAAAGAAACAUUACAGGGAUUAGCUUAUCUCCAUUCCCGGGGGAAAAUGCACAGAGAUGUUAAGGGGGCCAAUAUCCUUUUAACGGAUAAUGGUGAUGUAAAAUUAGCUGACUUUGGGGUCUCCGCUCAAAUCACUGCAACUUUGGGGAAGCGUAGGUCCUUUAUUGGGACACCGUAUUGGAUGGCGCCGGAGGUGGCGGCCGUCGAGAGAAAGGGUGGCUAUGAUCAACAGUGUGACAUUUGGGCUGUGGGUAUUACUGCCAUUGAAUUAGCAGAAUUGCAGCCACCCAUGUUCGAUUUGCAUCCAAUGAGGGCUCUUUUCCUCAUGUCCAAAAGUGGUUUCAAGCCGCCUGUUCUAAAAGAGAAAGCCAAAUGGUCUGCAGACUUCCAUAACUUUGUUAAAGUUGCAUUAACGAAGAAUCCUAAAAAGCGACCACCAGCAGUUCGCCUCUUACAACAUUCGUUUCUUCAAGGAAACCAUUUGAACCGUCGGUUGGCCAUGGAAUUAUUACAACAGGUACAAAGCCCACACACUCCCCUGCGUUCGGAUAGCUUGACCGAGGCUGAUGAAGACUUGGCCAUUGGCGCAGCUCCGCAACGCAUUGCGUCCAAACGAACGAAAUCGGAAUUAUUUAAAGAUGACGUAGUACUCGAUCCCUCUGGCGCUUCCGCAUCCGGUUCGCCGGCCGAAGAGCCGUGGCCCAAUUCCAAUGGAGCAGCCCACCAUUAUGAUGUCGCAUCAGCCUGGAUGGACAAUGACGCCGCAAAUGAAGAACUGCACAGGACAUUAUUGCAGAACAUUGAGGAGGAGCUCAAGUCAAGAGGCUUGGCAACAGCUAGUCCUCCGUUGGAUCCCUACUCGUCACAAGCAACAUUGCCCAUGUCUUCUUCGCGUGAAAUAACCUCGGUUGAAUUGGAAGAUAAAACGGCCACGUUAACAUUGGACGGCGCCGAAGAAGCGGAUCAAUGGCUACGAGACAAUGGAGUCCUUCCAUUAGACAGCGGCCCAAGUGCAGCCGCUAUUGUUUCAUCGGAAGUGGAUCCAUCUAUUCCAGCACGCCCACCAAGAAGGCGAGAACGUAAAAAGAGUACACCACCAUCGCCGAAAUUAACGAGCAACGGUCUUCCACCCACUCCCAAAGUGCACAUGGGCGCUUGCUUUUCGAAAGUAUUUAACGGCUGCCCUCUUGGUAUUCAUGGAACGGCAACAUGGAUCCACCCAGGAACGCGUGACCAGCACAUUCUUAUUGCUGCCGAGGAGGGUCUUUACACACUCAAUCUUAAUCAGCUACACGAUGCCUACGUUCACCUGCUCUACCCCCGUCGUACAAUUUGGAUGGUUGUCGUUAAAGAUGUCUUGAUGACCUUAUCGGGGAAGACGCCGCAUCUGUAUCGGCAUGAAUUAAUUGCGCUAUUUAGUCAAGCUCAUGCUCGACAUGGAAAUCGCUUCCCUCUUGAUCGCUUGCUAGUCCCUCGUCGCUUGUCGCCGUCUCAACGUGUUCCCGAAACGAGAAACUGUCUUCGGGCAUGCGUUGGUAAAAAUCCGUAUAACGGAUAUCGCUACCUUUGCGCCGCAACGCCAAAUGGCAUCUUUUUGAUGCAGUGGUACGAUCCGCUGAACAAAUUUAUGCUUCUUAAGCACUAUGAAUGCCGAUUACCCCAUCCACUGACGGAAUUUGAAAUGUUGAUGAGCCCCGAUAUGGAAUAUCCGCUUCUGUGUGUUGGGGUGCGAAGAGGAUAUUCGUCUGAUUUACGUCUUAACGUUGUACGCUUGACAGCAACCGAAGCCUUCCUAGACGAUGGCAGUGUACCCGAAGAUAUUGAUGGUCUAGCCACCGUCUUGCCAAAUCGAGAGGCAAUGGAUGUAGUCUGCGUGACGCCAUUGGAUAAAGAGUCUAUUCUAGUAGCACACGACUCAAUCGUCCAAGUGGUAGAUAUGCAAGGUCAAGCCACAAAAACACGUUCGAUGAAAAGUAGUGCCCCAAUCAAAUUUAGCUUUCGCAUCGAAGCUGUUGUUUGCUUGUCAGACAGUAUUCUGGCUUUCCAUCGCCACGGGAUGCAGGGACGUUCACUCCGCGAUGGAACAGUCACGCAAGAGAUUACCGAUCAGUCAAGAAUAUAUCGGCUUCUUGGAUCAGACAAGGUUGUUGUACUCUCAAGUCGCUCAAUCUAUCAAGACGGAAAUACGUCUACCGAUGAAGGAGUAAAUUUACAUGUAUUAACCGGUCACGAAGCCACUUAUUGAUUUCCAUCUAACCUUUUUUUCCUUCCUUUUUCUUCAUCUUUCUUUGAAAUUCACAAAUUUUUAGAGACAUCCUGGUCUGACCAGGUGGAUCAGUUUUUGAUCUGUAGCACAAGUUGUUGUAUAUAUGUUGAGUCACGAAGGGAAAUUGGUUGAACAUGUACAUUCCGUAGCCCAAUGUUUUUUUCCCUCCCUUCCCCCCUUUUCCAUUUCUGUAUUGUGUGUAAAAACAAAUUGAAAAAUUCGACGUUUGUGGACAUGUCCACUUCUUCGAACUAAACUGGAAAUCAUUUAAGUCAAAAAGCCUAAAUAAAUUCGUCUUUGUUACAAAAAUAA